AUGCUGAACGCGGGGGUUAUGGCCACGCCUCCAGCCCAGACUGUGGAUGGCUAUGAACUCCAAUUUGGCACGAAUCAUAUGGGCCACGCACUCCUAACAAAGAUUCUCCUUCCGGUACUCGAGCAGACAGCAAAGGAGGGAGGAGAGGUCCGAGUCGUCUCAGUAUCGUCUCACGGACACUUCUAUGCACCCGCCGAAGGCUUCCAGAUCGACACGCUCAAGACACCAGGGGACACACUUACUGCUUUUCGGCGUUUCACCAUUGCCUCGGUCCAUCCAGGAGUAGUGAAUACGAAUCUUUUGUCCGGCGCAACGAAUGCACCGCUGAUCUUCCGUGCUGUGUUUGGAGCAGCACACGUCUUGGGAUUAAAGUCCAGUGUAGAAAACGGCGUAAAGAACCAGCUACGGGCUGCUGUUUCCAAGAAUGUUAAGAGUGGCGAAUACUACGAGCCUGUCGGUGUUGGUGGCCUGGCAAGUGCGCAUGGAAUGGAUGACAAGCUCGCAAAGUAG